UCGGAGACCCCGCUGUGGGUCAAGGCAUGGUUCAGUCCAAGGUGUGAGUUCAAAGUUCACAGAGAAAGCGAAAGCCAUUUGAACACGUCUCGAUGCCUUUGAUUGGUUUAAGACCUCGUCAAAGGUGACAACUUAAACUGACCAGUCUAUUACCAGUACCCUCUUACUCCUCUAGAUCCAUACACUUUACAGAAUUCGUUGUAAAACGUUUACGCACGCCGUAAAGCGGACAAAAGUCAUCGUUUCAGUACGGGGUCCAACUACAACAUGGAGCAUCAGAAGAUCCUGUGGACCAACAUGGGUGAGAUAUCCCGGAGACUACCUGUCAUCGGCCCGAUACUGGACCAUCUGAUCAGCCAAGGUGCCAUCACAGCUGAAGAGUACCAGUUGGUGUGCCACAUCUCACCCAUUCCUAGUCAGAAGGCAAAGACACUCGUGGAGAUCCUGGCAAGCAAAGGGCGCAGGGAAUUCGACGUCUUCGCGGAGUCCUUAAAAAAGAACAACCCCGACCUUCUCAGGACAAUCAUGGCAGCCCCCAUCAGAGCAGACGUCACGACCAGCAUAUCAAUACAAGAAAUUUCCACCACAGAACCAACUAGGCAAAGGAUGGCCCUUCCACAAACCGCAAGGGUGACGCCAGCCCUUCAAGGCUGCCCACCUCAGCAGGCUAUCGGGGCCGGCCCAGCCGCUGGGACCGAACCCGACAUCAUCGAGCUACGGGAGGUUCAGCAGCUCGCCACCAGGCUCCUCGGCAUCCAGUUCCUGGAAGCAGACGACGAGGCCGAGGAGACGGCGAGGUUAGGCAGGGUGCGAGACUACGAGAGGCAGUUGAGAGUAGACCGCUUUGAGAACUUUGCCAGUAGGACAGAUUAUUAUAGCUUUAAGUAUGCGAACCUUGACGUCAUCAUGGAGAGGGGGAGGUCUGUUUGUAAGAUAGAAUGGCCGGGUGGAAACGCCACUGGGUUUCUGAUCGGAAGAAAGUACGUGCUCACCAACAAUCAUGUUUUCGACCUGAUGGAUGCUGCAACGAAAAGAAAUAUUUCGGCAAACAAAAAGCCGCAGAACUACAGAGUUACUUUCUUCCCCUCGGAAACCCAGACAAGCAUGUCUUUCACCCUAGUCCCCAGAAAGCCAAUAUCAUCAGAUAAGGUCUUAGAUUACGCCAUACUUGAGAUAGACAUCACGAAAUAUGGUGAAGAGGAUCUAAAGCAUCUCCGUCCUCUGGGAGAAUUUGUCUCGGAAGAUCUCGCGACAGGUAGUGUGAUCAUUCUGAUUGGUCACCCUCAUGGUCAAGAGAAGAAGGUGGAAUUCUGCGCUGUUGAGGGCGUGAACAGCAACCGCACAAUUUGUGUCAAUUUUGGCAACCCCUUCUUGCAGACUGAAAUGAUGUCGUAUCACGUCUCGACCUUUUUCCAUGGUUCAUCGGGAUCCCCCGGGUUUGAUAAGGAUGGUUGCCUUGUGCUGAUGCACUCGCGGGGCUUCUAUCCGUACCAGGGUGCGCAGAGUGCCAUCGAGCAGGGCGUUCUGCUCUCCAGCGUCAAGGCACAUGCCAAGCUAGUCCUUCCUGGGGACAAAUUCUCAGAAAUCUUUCCAGACAUGGAACCAGGUUUUUCCUUCCAUUGAUGUACAAGGAACCACUGUAACCUUCUCGUUUCCGUGAUACCAUCAUCAGGUCACAGUUGUCCGGUUGUUUUUAUGAUUGGGGAUAAUACUUCUAGUUCUGAUACAAGCACAGAAUUUCUCCUACCCGCCAACAGUACGGCAGACGAGCUGCUCCCUCCACCAGGGCAAAAUGCGUAUCAAAAUCAGGGAACUGAUUCAUGCUCACAAGCAGGAGAAUUAUAAAGUAUCAUAUUUUGUUUAAUAUGUCAGUAUGGAAAAUCAUAAAAAUCCCUCUUCCUUUGAAGAUACGUUGCCAAAACUUGUAUUCAAUAGGUUACUUAUAUUAAAUUAUUUGGCAGAUAUUGCAUACUUUCAUUGCUUUUAAACUUGACACUAUUGAAUAAAUCUACAAUAUGAAUUUUACGUCGAAUUGAGACCAAAAGUGCGGCAACACUAUCAGGGUUUAUCGUGUGGAAUAAAACCUAAUUACUAAAGGCUUCUAUACAUCUUUGAUAACAACGAUAAUGAACUACUUAUAGAUUAUUGAACUACUUGUAGAUUAAUGUUUCAUCAAUAACCGUAUAGAAUAAAGUCUGAUUGCUAAAGACUUCUAAACAUCUUCUAAACAAUGAUGAUUAACUACUUAUGAAUAAAUGUAUACUGGAUGUUUCAUCCAUUUGCAGAAAGAAGUAUGAUGUCUGUACAAGUACAUAGCUAUCCGUAAUUGUUAGCUGUAAGUUUUCUGUGUACAAAGUAGAUGUUCGACUUGUAUGGCUUUAAUGUCAACGUGGUCCUGCUGAAGUUUGUAACAUGAGGUUUUCUGUCCUUUGAGAAGCAUGGCAAGCUGCAAGUUCAGUUCAGUCAUCCAUCAGAUGACACUAUAAAGUUCCUCCAGACGACUCUGUCGCUCAUGACAGACAGGAGGUCUCCGUCUGCUAAGACGGUAUAAAUGAUGGAAUGAAUAACCAUUCACAGUUUAGAUACUGCCAUUGUUUCUCUUUGUUUCUUCAUAAAUGUGCAUCGUAUUCAAUUGCACGUGAUUAUAGCAAGGUAAAUACCAGACGUGGAGAUCGUGUGGUGCCUUAGCCAGUAAAACCACAUGGAUACAUGGCACAAUCCGUUGUAGAUCACGGGGUAUCUUGUUUUAGCGGCCACAUGCCAGUUAAGUGUGAGAUUAAUUAUUUUGAACUUUACUCGUUCAAACAGUAUCGUGCAUUAUCUGUACUGUUACGACAUUGCAAAUCUAAUUCAUCGUGACCAUAUUUAGUGACCUUGAGCACAGAUUCAGGUUCAUCAUAAAAUCUCAUCGAAACAUUGCAGUGUGCCCGUGCAUGCCGUAAAGGU